UAAUAGAUGUUUUUACCAGUCUCUUGUGUGUUCAGGCCGUAUAGGAGAAUUUUGUCGCGAUCAAAACCGAUCGGUUUUGAGUUGAGAGGUCUUGUGACGUAAUCAAGAAAGUAUGAAGAGGUCCUGUCCCUAUGAAGUCGACACUCAAGAUCACAUUUGUCCAGAAAAACAACCGAGGUCCCAAGGAAGGCUUGGGAAACAUAGCAACUGUGCGAGUGAGGCUUAUCGAUAUUCACACGUCUGCUCGACGACACGGCGUUGCUGCCCAGACAGCCUGUCCGAGUUAGCAGCAAAAGUUGCGGCUGCAAAUGUCCCUUUUCAACUCGUAGAGGAGCGAUACAACCGUGUACCAGAGCCAGUGGUUCUUAAACUGAUCACGUGGUCAUUCCCUAGGUGUGAGGCGGACAUUCGUCGCUACAGUGCCCUCGCCUAUGAGCCUAAUGACCUUUGCCCACCAAAACAAUGCGGAGAGAUUCGACAGGGUACGACUGUCGCUAAUGCACAGGGAGAAGCUCGAUCUUCCCCAGCAAGAGAUCUUAAACAUCGUACCCUCCAGCCAGAUGCUUCGGAAGGCCAGGAUGUGACGUUCAGGAAAGGAGUAACACUAGCCGAAAGUGGUGCAGUUCGACAAUCAGUACAAAUCGGUUUUCAUUUGAGCGGAGUGGUGCAUGACAAAGUCGGAGACACUACGCCAUACCAUUACCCGUUCUCCAGUCCAAAGACUUCGACGCCAUGCAAAUUUAACGUAGCUGUUACUUUCGACCGUUGUAAAGUGACGUCAUCCACAUGUAACUGCCAACACGGGGACGGAAUCUUUUUCUGUCGUCACGUGGUAGCUCUCCUUAUAUUCAGAAUGCGAAAUUCACGAAAGGUUAAACUGCGGGCGCCGAUAUCUGACACACUUCAGAAAUUGAGUCGUGACCAGCUGCAAAAGCUUACGCAAUACCUUCUGUCCCGUCAUGCCAAUGUCCUGCCUACUGCCCAGGAGAUCGCUGAUUGUUUUUCUGAUGUUAAUUCUUCGAUCAACGCUGUUCAUGGGGCGCCCGACCCAACAGCAGGAGCAGGUUUUCAAGACGAAGAUCGAUGGAAUUUGGACGACAGCCACGUCACUAAUCACGUGAGGCAGCUAAUACUGGAGUCCACCAAGCAAGCCUCUGCAAAUCAGCUUUUCAAUAUGAUAGGCAAGAUUCGUGAAAUGAUGAAGGUACGAGACUGCAACGGUGCGCGACUCUUAACCCUUCUAACAGAAGAAUUACUCCGACAAGUUCCCAACUCAAACUCUGUACAACACAACGACGUGUGUGCCAAACUUUGGGACCAAAUAGGGCUCCUAUGGAUAUGCAUUGUCCUAAACCCCAGAAAAGACAGCGAAAGUAAGUCUAAAGUAUUAGAGCUCCUCACAUCUUGGAACGAGGACCCGCACUGCCCUCCAGAAGACUCGUUUACCGAUGCAGUCAGCGGGAACAACCCUAGAGAUCGAUCUGUGUUAUCACGAGCCAUGGAUGCUUGCUCUCUAAGAUGGGAUGACCCUCAUUUAAAACUCAUCCUCCGAAGAGAAAGAAAGAAACGUGGAAGAGCAGAAGGAGAGGAGAGAAAAGGAGCUGGGGAAAGAUUCCAGGGCGGAUUCGCAAACUUUAGCUCGGAUGGAAAACCACUGUGGCAUGAAAACACCCCUAUUGCUUGUGCAAGAGUUGAAGCUUUACGUUCGCAUGGAUAUGCUAAUGAAAGUGUGCGGUUGGCACGAGCUGUGGCUCGAACCAUCCGGGAAAAUGCUAUCAGUGGUUUCAAACUGUACCAGAGCAGCUCGCAUAGUCAACUUGACACAUUACCGGUGAAGAAAAACAACGGGUACGGUCUGGUUGGACAUCCGCUAAACCCAAUACAUAUCUUGUUUGAUACCUUGAUGGUAGCUGCAAUAAAUAAAGACGAGGAAACGCAGAAGUUGCUUCGUAAAGAAGCGUUCGAGGUUUGCUUGCUCGGUGUGGGCGAGCAGAGGUGUAUGCCUUCGAACGCACGAGCCCAGGAGAAAGUGCUUUCAUGCGAGAAGAUGUUGAUUGAGCAGUUGGAGAGACUCACAUUGGACGAUGAAUUAGUUCAAGUUCUACGUGAAGUUACAACACUGUUAAUGGAAGGUGGACCAGGAAGUGGUCUCGGAAAACGCGUACACAGAGAAUCGGUGCCAAUCCAUUCGUUUGCUAACUACCUCUUCAAAGCAUUGCUACCUUACGACAGAAAGCUUGUGUUUCGAAUGGGACUACAAGCUAUGCGUAUGACUGUACUUGAUGACGUAUACAAUCCAAGCGCGUUAGAAACAACUGACGAUAAUCAACAAGUUGCUGAAGAUCAACCUGCAGACAAUGUAACAAACCAGAUACAGGCUCCACAGCUUGAAGAACCACAAGACGUAUCACACGAGCAACCACCACUAGUUUUACCGUUCACAUACCCAGCGACAUGGUCGGUAAUCGGGGACCUUGAGGCGAGGCAGUACCAGCUCGCAUCCACUUUACUGCAAACGGCAAAAGGCGAGGUCAUGCUGCUUCGAUUGGUCGUGGAAAGUGUGCAGCGUCACAUGCGGAACGGCUCUCAUGUAUUUCAACUAUCACACGAUGCUUUCAAAUGCGCCACCAACCAAUCCGGCGCAGCACCUUCCGACAUAACUAUGCUUAACGUAGCCAUGCAGCUAGCAAUGCAGGUUCUUCGUAUGACCAUGCAAGGGGGUACAUGGCGACGAACGGAAAUGGUGGGGUGGCUGGUAACUUGCGCGACCGAGAUCGGGUUAUGCGCAUUGGUGUCCAUCAUCAAGACUUGGUAUACCUUGUUUACUCCUGUGGAAGCUAGCACGAUGGUAGCUGGAUGUGUUAUCUCUCCAAAUACAGCAGUGAGAUUGAACCUAGACCCUCGACAAAGAGAACAAUUGUACCACAGUGUAUGUCAAAUGGCGAUGCAGUGCGCCGUUAAAGACCCCCAAUCAUGCGCCUUGCGUUCCCUCAGUUUAUGCGAGACAUACACGUCAGCGUUUGAUGCUGUGUACCACGUCAUAGUCGAUUCGUCCAACAAACGAAGAAUAGAUUCUGCUCAACUGUUUACUAUUGCCCGCUACCUCGACCAACGUGGCUUCAACUCACAAGCGUUCACUGUUGCACAUGCUGCCACACGAAGGUUACGAGUUCCAUUCAAUCAUGAUGCUCAUCCGUCCGCGAAUGACCUUCUAUGGACAACACAACUUGCUCAAUCAUUAGGGAUGACUGAAUUGGAAGAUCUUAUUCUAGUCAUAGUUAACAAAGUACGAUGUGCGUCUGUUUUAUCCGAUGUCUUACGAACCUGCACCUCUAGCAUCAGUGGUCGUAUGCCAAAUGGCAACUACGGCAAUAGAGGACUUCGUGCUGACAGAGGACCUCUUCGUCCUCUUCUAGAAGCAGCAAUCGCUGCUUAUGUGAAGACAAUACAUAACAAACUGAGCCAUAUUAGCCCACGACAUUACACAGAGUUUAUAGACUUCUUAAAUAAGGCUCGUGAGACCUUCCUACUAGCUCCUGACGGCCAUUCUCAGUUCGGUUGUCUGUUGGCCAACUUAAAGACGAUCUACAAAGGAAAGAAAAAGUUGCUGAACCUCGUAGCUUUGCGUUUCGGAUAAACUCGUUUCUUCAACGUUAUUUUCAAGUUCCAUCCAAUUUCUUCACAUUUGAUAUCUUCAAAAACACCAACUCUUCUGCUGCUCAGUUUACAACAUGUGCAAUGAAGUUCUUCUCCGGCCGACACGAAAAAAGCCAGAAACAAUAUCAUAUAUUAUACCGUGCGACCCGUUAUGUAUUCCUGACUGCAAUUCCUUCAAGAUUUCACUACGUUUGUAACCAUGUAUAUCAGUUGUACUAAGACUCCACUGCUUUGCCUAUACCCUCUUCAAUAACCGCCUGUGCUCUUCCGAACGACCUCAUUGUAGAAAUUGCUGUAUAAUUUAUAUUCCAGCUAAUUUUCUCUGCAUUACCGAACCGGCCUUUUAUGCGGCCCUGUAUACGCAAUGUAGUGUUACGGUACUAUAUACUAUAUUGUCGCCAAUGCUAACGGAACACUGUGUGCUGCUAUAUCCCGACGUGAAUAUUCAUGACAAGCGUUCCAGUAUUACGCACAAACCGAAGUCUUGGAAGCAUUGCUGCCAUAUAGCACGCUGGAAUAAUCAAGUUACCACGCGUAUGCCGAAACACCUCUUCGCUUCAAUUUUUCUUUUUGCUUUGCGGCCUUUUUGUAUUUCAUACCGCCGUUCAUACGUGGCGGUUACUGUUUGUAGCUUUAAAACGAAAAAGAAAUCUAACAGAAAU